CCAUUGUCGUCAGAGGAUCUAGGAAAGUCUGAAGAUAUUUUAAGAAUCUUUCCACAGCAAGGGCCUAUUGAGGGUCGAGAUCCAUUUAUCCUGGUUUUUGAGGAUAGUCUCCCACUUGAUGUAGGGUCUACCUGGGCAGACUUUGGGAAGGAGGCUGUUGUUUACUUGGAGAGAAGGAAUGAUCUUAAUCUAAUUGGUAUAAUUCCGGCAUCUCGUAAGCCCGGUAUAGUAACUGUCACAGUGCAUUCUUCGAAUGGAAGAAUUCUUGGAGAGACUGAUUUUGUCUAUUACGAUAAAGAUCGUGAAACACUAUUACGACUAGUUACAGAUCCAAAAUUACAAAGUGAUUUUUUCCGCCAUUGGGCUAAUUUUAUGGCCGUUGAAACCAAGAGAACUGAAAGACAAGAUUUAUCGCAACCUUCGACAGCAGAGACAGUGACCUUUCGAGCUCUAGCAAGGAUUGUGUACCAUCUUCAUGGGGUCUAUAAUAAGCACUCAGGAUUCUCACAACCAAACCAAGUGUUAUGCCCAUUGGUUUGUACAGCAGAAAAAUAUGAUGUCCUACAGUUGGUUAACAUUUUCUUCAACUACUCAGCAAAAAGGGCAAUCCAUCUAGCUCACAAAGAAGAGAAGAUACUGUCCGAGUCUGUUGCCAAUUAUCACAGUAACAACAACUUCGAAAAUUACCUCGCGGAAAAAUACAAAAGAUUCUCAGAGGAGAUUGAGGCCAAUCAAGAGUUCUCCUCAACAGUCGAUCGGUUGGAACCUGCGAAAGCUGCCGAGAAAGAAGAAAGACGACUUCGUGGCUAUUUAGGCGAUGUUGAUACAUCGUCUAACUCCGAAAAUUCUGAUUCUGAUUGUGAUUCUGAAGACAGGCCUCAAACGGCUCUCAACAAAGAUUUAGCUGAGAAAGAAGCAAAGGAAAUAAAUGAAUUAGACCUUCUCCAGGCCAGAUUGGGCUAUGUUGAUCCUCAAGACCUUGGCAAUCUGAAACCCAAGCCUCAGGAAAGAGGUUUACUAGAGGCGAAUAAUCAGCGACGAGAUCUGUUGUUGGCGAACAGAAGCAGGAACUUUGAUCAGAAUUCAGUGGCUGAUAAGAACAGACGUGCUGUAGAAAUAAGCGAAGACAAAGCAAGCGAUACAUAUCCAGUUCCUCUAUGAAAAUGGAACAGAUUAGAUCACCAAUUCUGCAAACUUGUUAGCGACCUGCCAAGUGAUUGAAGUUUACGUCGUAAAUAGACUUUUGAAAAAAUACUCUUGAAAUGUUAUGAAAACUCAUUCUCUUCGCUGAACGUAAGAGAGAGGAGAAAAACUGGGAACAAGGCUACGUACGCCGAUAAUUUCGGCACCAGCUCUUCCCGAGAAGGAUGAAGCAUUGCACUCCAAGUCUUGAAUAGGCUUGAUGCUUUCCACCAACACCGAGCUCGGAGAAGAUUUAAUUGAGGACCAUCAAACCAAAUUAAACGUCGAACAGAUGUUGAACUAAUUGUAUCGAGGCAAGAGCUACUUUUUCCAUGUGGUCUCCAAUGUUUACUCGUUUGUACAUAUUAGUGCUAAGCAGCUGAACAUUAUCAUCCAUGUUCUCCCUACUUUACUUUAUACAUUUCUUUUAGUAAUGACAAGGAGAAUUCAUUUAACAAUAAAAAAAAUUCUUAGGUUAGCGAUCAUUUCCUUCAUUCUCAUUACCUUACUGAAGGAUUCAGCAUUAUCAUCGUAAGGAGAUAUUAGAUGCCGAUCAUUCUUUGGGUGUAAAGAGUGAAAACACAUUCGAGGAUUUGUAAAUAGAUGUUUAUAUUGUACGUUUACAUUUUUAAAAUUGACAUUAAAAUUUAAGAUUAAGCUGUUUUUUUUUU